UGGCGUGUCGGAUUGGUUGGUGGGGGCUGUGGCAAUAGAGCAGGCCUGAGAAACAGGAAUGGUAGUGCUAUUGGCCUUCCGGUCCCACCUAUCACAGCCCUAAUCACCCCAGGUCCUGUUCGUCAUUGCCAAAUUCCUGAUCUGCCUGUGGAUGGGAGCCUGCUCUUUGAGUUUCUCUUUUUCAUCUACUUGCUGGUGGCCUUGUUCAUUCAGUACAUCAACAUCUACAAAACAGUGUGGUGGUACCCUUACAACUAUCCUGCGUCUUGUACUUCACUAAAUUUUCAUCUCAUUGAUUACUACCUGGCAGCGUUCAUCACAGUGAUGCUUGCGAGGAGACUUGUCUGGGCCCUCAUCUCAGAGGCCACUAAGGUGGGCGCAGCAUCUAUGAUUCACUACAUGGUCCUGAUAUCAGCUCGCUUGGUGCUACUCACUUUGUGUGGAUGGGUGCUUUGCUGGACCCUUGUCAACCUCUUUCGAAGCCAUUCAGUCCUCAAUCUUCUUUUCCUUGGCUACCCGUUUGGUGUUUAUGUUCCUCUCUGCUGUUUCCACCAAGACAGUAGAGCUCACCUUCUCCUCACGGACUAUAACUACGUGGUUCAGCACCAGGCAGUAGAGGAAAGUGCCUCAAAUGUGGGUGGCUUGGCCAAGUCCAAGGACUUCCUCUCCUUAUUGCUGGAGUCGCUGAAGGAACAGUUUAAUAACGCCACGCCCAUCCCCACCCACAGCUGCCCCCUCUCUCCAGACCUCAUUCGCAAUGAAAUAGAAUGUCUGAAAGCAGAUUUCAACCACCGAAUCAAGGAAGUUCUCUUCAACUCCCUCUUCAGUGCCUAUUAUGUUGCCUUCCUCCCCCUGUGUUUUGUGAAGAGUACCCAGUACUAUGACAUGCGCUGGUCGUGCGAGCACCUCAUUAUGGUGUGGAUCAAUGCUUUUGUCAUGCUCACCACACAACUGCUGCCAUCCAAAUACUGUGACUUGCUACAUAAAUCGGGAGUAGAAUGCACACAUUUUAAUACUGUUAAUUAUGUGUCUUUGAAGGUUGGCAUUGGGAUUUUUAUUGUAUUGGAUUGA